CAUAAAAGCAUGGAGAACAAUCAAACACUGAUCACAAAAUUCAUCCUUCUAGGAUUUCCUAUUGGCCCUGAGAUGCAGCUAUUCCUUUUUAUCAUUUUCUCUCUGCUUUAUAUUUUCACCCUUCUGGGAAACUCAGUGAUAUUAGGCCUCAUCUGUUUGGACUUCCGACUUCACACUCCUAUGUACUUCUUCCUCUCACAUUUGGCUAUUGUUGACAUCUCCUAUGCAUCCAACAAUGUACCAAAGAUGCUGGCAAACUUUCUUAACAAAGAUAGGACCAUCUCAUUUGGUCCAUGUAUAACACAGACCUUUUUAUACAUGGCUUUUGCCCACACAGAAUGUCUUAUCUUGGUGGUGAUGUCCUAUGAUCGCUAUGUGGCAAUAUGUCACCCCCUCAGAUACACUGUCAUCAUGAACUGGAGAUUGUGUAUCACCUUAGCCAUUAUUUCCUGGCUAUUUGGCUCCUUGCUGGCCCUUGUCCAUGUGCUUCUUCUCCUGAGGCUGCCCUUUUGUGGACCCCAGGAAGUCAAUCAUUUCUUCUGUGAACUCCUGUCUGUGCUCAAGCUUGCCUGUGCAGACACCAGGCUAAACCAACUUGUGAUUUUUACUGCUUCUGUAUUUAUUCUAGUUGGGCCCCUACUCUUGGUCCUGGUCUCCUAUAUGCACAUUCUCCGUGCCAUCAUGCGCAUCCAAUCUGGGGAAGGGAGAAAGAAAGCCUUCUCCACCUGUUCUUCUCACCUCUGUGUGGUUGGCCUCUUCUUUGGCAGUGCCAUUGUCAUGUACAUGACUCCUAACAGCAGUCACCCUGAAGAACAGCAGAAAAUCCUCUCUCUAUUUUAUAGCCUCUUCAAUCCUACACUAAACCCCCUGAUCUACAGCCUGAGGAAUUCAGAGGUGAAAGGUGCUCUCAGGAGAGCACUAGGGAAGGACAGAUCAAUGUGA